AUGACGUCGACGCCAUCAGCAACAACGGCAGGAAGGGAGGUGCCCGUUCAAGAUCAUGAGCCGAGCAGGCCAGCAGGCCUCCUCCGCCUGGCGAUCGUGGGCGAGAACGCGGACGAGCUGGGGCUGAGAAUAGCGGAGCGGCACGGGCUCGUGGCGACGUCAAUGGACGGGCUCAUGAAGGGCCGGAAGGGAAGGAAGACGGACAAUGUCAAGGCGAAGGCCGCGGCGGAGUGGCUAGGGACGUGUCCUGCGAGUACGGGCGGAGUCCUGACGGGCUUUCCGACGACAGCGACACAGGCGGAGCUGCUGGAGAAGCAGGGGGUGGGUGUCGAGCAGUUGGUUCUCCUCGAGCGAGCGGGCGCGGCGCCGGAGGAGGCAGCGAACGAAAGCGAGGGAGGGGAGUUGCACCUUUUGACGUCGCGCUUGGAGGGGAAAGUGGUGAAGUUGCCGAGCCAGCAGGACGUCGACAGCCUCUGCGACUCCGCCGCGAGCCUCCUCGCCGCCAGCGGAGGACAGCAGCGCAGCAGCGCCGCCCUGCGCGACGUCGAUGACGCGCCCGCCCCGCCAGCAAAAGCGGCGGAAACGUCCGCGCUGCCGCCGUCGACGUUGAGGGACGCCGACAUGAUGAUGAGCCCAUCCGAGCUCGCGGUGGCGCGUGCGGAGGCCGCAGACCCGGAACCGGAAGGCGUCGAAGCCGCCGACCACCGUCGGGCGCGGUCAAGGGCCGGCGCGAAGGCCAAGAGGGCGGAGAAGGCGGCCAUCCGGCGGAAGAAGAGGAUGGCCAACGAAGCGCAGCAGCUGGACACCCCAUUCUACGUGGCGGUAGCCCAGGGUGGGCCCAAGGCCCGCUUCCGCCCCCCGGUGCCUAUGGUUCCGUCGCGCAUCACCGAGCGCCUCUCUUCCGCCGCUUCUCCGGGGAGCGGUGAGGAAGACGGCGGCGGCGGCGGCGGCGCAGCGGUCAACACCAGGCUAGACUUCGGACCGCUCGUGCUCGACAGCCCGGCGUCCGACUGCCUGCUGGCGGCGGGUAUAACGGAGCCCACGGGCAUCCAGCAAGCCGGGAUGGGUCCCAUCCUGAACGGGGAGAGCGUGAUCCUUCACGCCAUGACCGGCAGCGGGAAGACGCUGACGUUCCUCCUGCCUCUCAUGCAGCGCUGGACGCCAGGGCUACUCUCCACGUCGGCAGCGGCGGCUGCAAGUGCGGGCGUAAAUGGCGAGCGUGCCUCGGACAAGGCAGGGGGCGGGGUGAGCCACGCGCCUUGGCAGCUGUUGCUGGCGCUCCCGACGCGCGAGUUGGCGGUGCAGGUAGCGAGGGAGGUUGUGCUCCUUUCCGGCGGGCUGACGGCCUCCGUCGAGCUCCUGGUAGACGCCAACACUUUCCACGACCUGUCGAAGGUCACCGCUCCCAUCGUGGUGGGGUCCGCCAAGGUUCUCGAGAGGCGUAUCCGGAAAUCCCGCCCGACCGUCCGAGAGGACGUGCUUCCGCGCAUCAAGUGCAUUGUAGUGGACGAGGUGGACAGGCUGGUGGACGUGCUGUCAAAGCACGCGCCGGCGAAGGAGGCGGAGAAGAGGAAGAGGCAUGCGCGCCCCAUCGCCGCCCUGCUCGAGAGGGUCCUUGCGGCGAACGGGGAGGCGCAGUGCCGGAAGCCGCGAGCUCAGGGUCAUCCGCGACGCCUUCUCCGAGUCGUCGGACCGAAACCUGGCCACCGAAGCGGGGCGGUGGUCAUCCCGGACACGAUCCGGCACUACUGCGUGCCCCUCGGCGACGGAGACUUCUUCUCUCGCCUGGAGGGGCUGACGGCGGCGGUGCGCGAGCUCCAGCCCCGGCGGCCGCUGAUCUUCGUCCCGCCGCAGGAGCGGGUCACGGCCGUGGUGGCGCACCUGCGCCGCGCCGGCGGGGCCGUCGGCGCUCGAGCCGUCGCCCUGCACGAGGCGAUGGGCUUCGUCUCGGACGAGGACUUCGGCGUGGUGCGGGGCCGCCACUUCUCCGAAGCCAUCGAGCAGCACGACAGGCUGGUGGCCGGGCAGUCUUUGGCGGGCGGGGGCGAGGGAGGGGGAAGAGAACCGCGGGGCGGUGAAGGAGGGGGGGGGUUCGAGGGCGGUGCCGCCGACGAGUCCGGCGUGGUCACAGGGGCCGGCGGCAGCGGUAGCUCGAGCGGCCAUCUUCUCGCCGGGGGAGUAGGACCUGGAGGUAUGCGGUUACGGAACGGGGACGGGGACGCAGAGGUUGGGGACGUGCUCGUCACCGGGGAGGGCUCGGCGAGAGGGCUGCACUUCGACGACGUUGACUUCGUGUUCCUGAUGCAGAAGCCAAAGAGCCCGGACGAGUACGUCCACCUCGCCGGCCGGACCGGCCGACAGGGGAAAACAGGCACCGUCGUGUCCCUCGUGGAGUUCGAAGAGUUCCGGAAGCUGCAGGGGUGGUCCUACUCGCUCAAGGUCAACUUCGAGCCGCUAGACAUCUUGAACGUGUUGAAACGAUGACGCAUUAAUGUUUGUUUUUUGCUGGUGAAUAGUUUUUAUCUAGAGAUCGGUGGGUUUGGUUUGUGCGUUGCGUGUGGUUGCUGUAUGCGCAGGGAUGCCGAUUUUUUUUUUACUUGCCUUUUUCAACACAGAACGCUGCGCUCUGCGAUAUUUUGUGUGUGUGUUUAGUG